GAGGAAGUAGCAAUUCAUAAAAGAAUAGUCUAAUUCUAGAGCCACAAAAGAAUAUUAUAACUUACUUGUUAUCACUACUUCCUGUGUUUCCAAACUCAGCCAUGACCGCCGCUCCUCUUUUCCAAAGAGUUGCAAUUAAAAGAACCAUUGACAAACUCUUAGACGCCACAAUUUUCCUCCUCCUCCUCUCCCUCCUCGGCUACCGCCUCCAUUUCCUCGCCACCAACCCCUUCAACUUCCUCCAUUUCACCGCCUUCCUCUGCGAGUCCUCUUUCGCAUUCACUUCCUUUCUUCUCCUCGUUAUCAAAUCCAACCCUUUUCAUUGCAUUACUUAUCCCCACCGCCUUCUCGAACGAGUUCAGGAGAUUCCGGCAGUGGAUGUGUUUGUUACGACGGCGGAUGCGUCGUUGGAACCGGUGAUAAUUACGGUGAAUACGGUGCUGUCUAUUUUGGCUGUUGAUUAUCCGGUGGAUAAAUUGAGUUGCUAUGUAUCGGAUGAUGGGUGUUCUCCGAUAACGUUUUAUAGUCUAAGGGAAGCGGUGAAAUUUGCUAAGAUUUGGGCUCCGUUUUGUAAAAAGUAUGGGAUUCGGGUUAGAGCGCCGUUUCAGUACUUUGCUGAUUCUUCAAGAGCCGAUGAGUCCAAGGAGUUUCAGCAUCACUGGAACAUAAUCAAGGGUGAGUACGAGACAUUGUGCCGGAAGAUCGAAGAAGCAGAAGAAGCAUGGGACUCACGUGACUUACCAUUUUUCUCCGGUACGGAUUCCAAAAAUCAUGAUCCAAUUAUUAAGAUAAUAUGGGAGAACAAGGAGUAUGAAAAUGUUCUUCCUCACUUGAUUUACGUAUCAAGAGAAAAAAGGCUCAAACACUCACACCAUUAUAAGGCCGGUGCCUUGAACGUUUUGGCAAGGGUAUCGGGAUUGAUGACAAAUGCUCCAUAUAUACUGAACGUAGAUUGUGAUAUGUUUGUGAAUGAAUCGACUGCAAUUCUUCAAGGAAUUUGUCCCUUUAUAGACCCCAUCAAUGAUAAAGAAGUUGCAUACGUCCAAUUUCCUCAACGUUUCUAUGAUGGAUUAAAAGAUGACUUAUAUGGAAAUCAAUUAAUUGUUGACAUGGAGUACAUUGUUUCAGGGCUGGCGGGAAGUCAAGGCCCCAGCUACAUGGGAACCGGUUGUAUUCAUAGACGAAAAGUCUUAUAUGGUCACUCCCCAAACGAUCAUAAUAUUAAUGGAAGAAGUAUUCAAGAAACUAAAUUACGUAAAACAUUUGGAAAUUCCGAAGAAUUCAUCAAAUCAGUUUCUUUUGCUUCAAUGGGAACCACACCUUAUCCCAACUCUUUGCAGUGCUCAAUCGAAGCCUUACACAACGUCGCAACUAGUAAUUACGAGCAAGAUACUUGUUGGGGUGCUAAGGUGGGUUGGUACUAUGGGUCAGUGACGGAGGACAUAUUCACAGGGAUGAUGAUCCAAGGAAAGGGCUGGAAAUCCAUAUAUCUAAACCCACAGCCAGCAGCAUUUCUAGGUUGUGCACCAACAAAUGGGCCGUCUACUUUCACUCAGCUGAAGAGAUGGACAACAGGGUUCCUUGAAAUUUUACUCACAAAGAACUGCCCAAUUUUUGGCGCUGUCUUUGGUAAACUUGACCUAAAGGUGUGUAUGUUCUAUUUGUGGAUCUAUCUUUGGGGACCCAAAUCCAUUCCAGAGCUUUGCUAUUCCAUCUUGCCUGCCUAUUCUCUACUCACGAACUCUCACUUCUUACCCCAGAUACACGAACGUGAAAUAUUGAUUCCAAUUUUACUUGUACUCCUCUACAACCUCCAACAAGUGUUACAAUACUUGAAAAUGGGACAAUCAAUUAGGGCUUAUUGGAACAACCAAAGAAUGGCAAGGAUAAAAACAAUGUGCCCCUAUUUCUUUGGAGUUGUUGGCAUUGUGCUUAAGUUUUUAGGAUUGUCAGAAGCAUUGUUUGAAGUAACAAAAAAGGGGUUGAUUACUGACGACGGUGAGAUUGACGAAGGUUUGUUCAUCUUCGAUGACUCACCAUUGUUUGUGCCUGGUACAACAGUUUUGAUGAUGCAGUUAACGGCGCUGCUUACGAGUAUAUGGAGACGGCCAACCGAGCCUGGUGGAGUAGGGGAAGUGAUAUGCAGUGUGUGGUUGAUUUUGUGUUUCUGGCCAUUCUUGAUGGGGAUGUUUAGGAAAGGAAGAUAUGGACUCCCAUUUUCCACCAUUUGCAAGUCUAGCAUUCUAACCUUGUUGUUUGUGUACUUGUCUCAAAAGACAAAUAUAUAGGGCAAAAAGAACUUAUGUUAUUUGUCUUGUUUUGUUUUCCAAUAAUAUAUUUGUAUUUGUUUUUUAUUAGAAUAAAGUGUGUAUAAAUUUAUCAGCAUUUAGCCUUUUUUAGGUUAAACCUUCCAAUGGAGUUGGGAUUUUGUGAUCAAUUACUCCAGUUUCGGAUGGGAUAUGUUCUUUAAUUGCAAUAACUUUCUUUUAAUUAACAGUGGAUGUGUUUCUUUUAGUAAAA